AGCCAGUUCGGAGCAAAUCAAAUCUAUAAGAAAAGAAUCGUCGCCGGUGAAGAGAAAAGAAGAUAGAGAGAGAGAGAGAGAGACUUAAGCCAUGGAUCCGCAGCUAACGGAAGUUUCACAGCAGUUUGAGAGAUUCAAGGCGGCGUUUGCGAGGAAGGAUUACGAUACGUGUAGUGAUCUGUUGUCUCAGCUUAAGGUUCUUCUGACCAAAUUCACUAGUCUUCCUCCAUUGUUCGAGAGUUCACCAAACGCAGCUCAGGAGCUCACUAUUGCAAGGGACAUUUAUGAGCAUGCUGUUGUUCUGAGCGUAAAAACCGAGGAUCAAGAUGCCUUCGAGAGAGAUUUCUUCCAGUUGAAACCUUACUAUGUGGAUGCCAGGAACCGUCUUCCCCCAUCCGCACAGGAGAAUCUUAUCCUGGGUCUGAACCUUCUGAGGUUGCUUGUACAAAAUAGAAUUGCUGAAUUCCACACCGAACUCGAGUUACUUUCAUCAGCUACACUUGAUAAUCCUUGCAUCAAGCAUGCAGUAGAGCUUGAGCAGUCUUUCAUGGAAGGUGCCUAUAACCGUGUGUUGAGUGCUAGACAGACCGCGCCUGAUGCAACUUACGUCUAUUUCAUGGAUCUCUUGGCAAAGACCAUAAGAGAUGAAAUAGCUGGAUGCAGUGAGAAAGCUUAUGAUUAUGUCUCUAUCAGUGACGCUCGGCAGAUGUUGCUGUUCUCUUCUGAUCAAGAACUCUUGAACUAUGUCAACGAGGAGCACCCCGAGUGGGAAGUGAAGGACGGGUCUGUUGUCUUCCAGAAAGCCAAAGAAACUGCACCGUGCAAAGAGAUUCCAUCUCUGCAACUCAUCAACCAGACUCUAAGCUAUGCCAGAGAGCUGGAGCGUAUCGUGUAAGAUCCGAUUUUUCUCAGUGUUCGUCUCCUCUUGCAUUAUGUUCCUGGAAAUCUCCAGGUCAUAAAACUUUGUUAUCAUGUAAUGACUGAUAUGGAGCGACUAAGUUAUGUCUCAAAGAAGUGAUUUGGUUGAUUGGAUUUGGCAAAUGAGACUUUGUUACGAUAUCAAUCUGUUCUUUCAUAGUCUUCCUAAGCCUCUUACGUUA